AUGAUAUCAGUAGCAUUUCAUGGAACAAGAGCAUAUCUUAUAGACAAAAGUCUUAUACCAAUAGUUUUGUUAUGGUUAGACCCAGUUGUUGGAUAUAACUUCAUAACAUAUGGUUCAUUCGAUACGGAACGUUGCAGUGAAGGCUUACUUUACAUCGUUCAGAAACCGAAGGACUUCAACACAAAAAGAUAUAAGAUAGGAAGGACAUAUAAUAUAACUCAAAGAUAUGACAGUACAGUCAAUAGAGUCAAGGUUGUGUUUGUUAAUGAUAUGAGAGCUGCUGAAACAGAACUGCUUGAAGUUUUUGAGAAAAUGUAUGGUGCUCCCAUAAAAGGUAAAGAAACGUUUGAAGUAGAUGAGAUAGAUAAAGCUAUAAAAUUAUUUGACGAAGUUGCUGAAAAAUACAUGUAA